GAUCCACUUUUAAAACAAAAGGGUUUAAGAAAUGUUUUCAGUUCUCACGAGAACACUACUCCAAAACCCUAAACUCUUCACCUUCAACUUCCUUAAACACCAAAGUCCUCUCGCAUUCUCUCUAAUGGCUACUGCUAAUUCUUCGUCUUUUUCACCUGUAUCUUCCCCUUCAAACCAUGUUUCCCCUAAGCGAGUAGGUACUCACCAUGGUAGCUUUCACUGUGAUGAAGCUCUUGGGUGCUUCAUGAUUCGUCUUACAAACAAGUAUUACAAUGCUGAGAUUGUGCGUACUCGUGAUAACCAGGUAUUGGAAACGCUUGAUGCUGUGCUAGAUGUUGGUGGAGUUUAUGAUCCUAGUCGAGACCGUUAUGAUCAUCACCAAAAAGGGUUUGAAGAAGUCUUUGGAUAUGGAUUUACUACUAAGCUUAGCAGUGCUGGUCUUGUUUACAAGCAUUUUGGGAAGGAGAUCAUUGCAAAGGAGCUCCAAGUUGACGAAGAACACCCGGACGUGCAUAAGUUGUUUCUAGCUGUUUACAAGAGCUUCAUGGAGGCAAUUGAUGCAAUCGAUAAUGGAAUCAAUCAGUACGAUACAGAUCAGCCACCUAGAUAUGUAAACAAUACCCACUUGUCCUCUCGAGUUGGAAGAUUUAACUUGGAUUGGACUGAACCUGAUCAGUCUUCUGAACGGGAGAAUGAAGCUUUCCAACGUGCAAUGGAUUUAGCUGGCAGUGAGUUCUUGGAUAGUGUCCGCUAUUAUGCAAGAUCAUGGUUACCAGCUCGUUCUAUCGUAUUGGAGUGCGUUUCUGCAAGACACAAGAUUGAUCCUAGUGGAGAGAUUGUUGUUUGGUCUACAUUUUGUCCAUGGAAGCUUCAUUUGUUUGAGCUGGAAGGAGAGAUGAAGAUUGAUCCACCCAUCAAAUAUGUUCUAUACGAGGAUGAUAGGAGCAAAGGUUGGCGAGUGCAAGCGGUGGCUGUAGCUCCUGACAGAUUUGAGAGCAGGAAAGCCCUUCCAUCUCAGUGGCGAGGUUUAAGAGACGACGAACUAUCCAAGGAAACAGGAAUUCCUGGUUGUGUUUUUGUCCAUAUGAGUGGGUUUAUUGGAGGAAAUCGAACUUAUGAAGGAGCACUCGCAAUGGCAAAAACUGCUUUAAAGCUCUAGGCACAGAAAUGAUUUAUAAUCUGUUUUCAGAAAUUGAAUCAUCUCUUUGUGAUUUAUCAUUAUUGCUGUUCAUGGCUUCAGGUUGUCAUUUAAAUAGCACAUUGGCGUUGAAUUUACUAAAGGUUGGUCAAAAAAACUAUACAAGACCAGCCAUACAGUUUUACAUAUUCUGAAGGUAUCUUUUACUUUUACAGCCUUUUUGUUAUGUUUGCAGUUGCAGUAAAGAGAACAGAUUUCAUUGUUGUUCUGGAGCUUUUAUUUUGGUAUUUUUGGCAUCCACAAGUUGGUCACAAAAUCAGUUGUGCAGUUUGGGUCUAGUGAUGAUUCCAGAAUUUCUGUAAUAUGCAUCGUUUUCGCUCCAAGGAAAAUGAUUUACGAAAGGGGUAGCGAUAUUUCUGUUCCAUUGGUCUUACAGACUCAAUUUGGUACAUGAGAUGUCUGUCUGAGUUUUCAAACAUGGUGAGUCUAGGCUCUUAGUAACAUUGUCACAGACCCACUACAUCAUAUUAAGCAAUUUUGGUUCAUGUUGUCUUUUCUGCUUGGUUUGGAAAAUGUAAGUUUUAUUAGUAGGAAAUAGAAAUUUGGUUGACGUGAGAUACUUUUACUCAUGAAUGCCUACAGUGUGUUGGUUAAGCUCAAUGCUGGGGGCUGUGCAAACAAAUAUUUUUUUUAUUGGAA